CUUCUCGACUCUCUUUUCUUUUUUUUUUGUUCAUUUCUUUUUUCUCUUUCCUUGUUUGCCCUUUUCUUGUCCUCUCCCUUGUUUUAUAUUUUUCGUGUACGCCUCUUCGGGUGCCUGGUGCCCUCUGCAAAUACCGGUCGACAUAUCGCUCGCCCCAUUCCGCUCCGAUCUGUGACUUAUUAUACACGAUAAUCCUCGCGAGCUAUCUGCAAAUAUCUCGGUCGCUGUUCGAGUACAUAUUUGGUGUUUUUUCUCCGUGGAAUGGCGUCUGCUAUGGCAGCUAACGCGACUACCGUACAUAACGUAAGUCGCAUAUCCGGUGGGACUGUUGGACAGCAUGGUGACAACUCGACACAGGUACGAUCAAACCG